UUAAUGUUGAUCAGUUGAGUCAGACUGUAGGUAGAUACCGAUAAUACUAUACUACGCUCUUCCCUACAAAAUAUUCAAAAAUCAUAAUAUAAAAACAAGUUGUAUUCUAUCUGUAUUUAUACUAUGCCAGAACUAAAGUAAAGACAAUCGCUGCAUAAUCUACGAGGAUCCCUCAAACAGUUGAAGAUGUUGAGUUACGAUCCAAACCGUGAUGAGUAUAUCGAGGUUGAUUUUGAUGAGUUUUCAGACAGUGAUGAUGAUGUAGAUGAUCUGAAUCCGACAGAUACAGUGAGGUCACUGCAACCUCUUUUAGUGCUUAUGAAGCAUAGGAAAAGAAGGAAAUAUCGUACAAGUCUGCUAAACCGCCUCUAUCUAAGCCGCAUCGUUCGAAAAUCAGGCCGACUCAAUACCUUCCUCACAAAGUUACCCAACAAAAACUUAUCUUACAUCAGAGACCUGGGCAACACAAUACUCACCCUCAGGUGGCGCUGGAUGCUACUAACCCUUUGCUUGGUCAACUUUGGCUGCUUCGUCGUGUUUAGCUGGCUGUGGAUGUUGCUGGCCCAGGUCAGCGGUGAUUUUGACAAUUCAACAGUGUCAGACACACCCUGCAUAGUAAACGCCAGAACCAUGACAGGAUAUCUUCUUCUAAGUAUAGAGACGAUGACAACCAUAGGUUACGGAUAUAGGUAUCCUAGUGAACACUGUAUAGGUGGAUGGUUUCUUCUAAUGAUGCAGGCGAUCUUUAACACUUUUGUCCAGGGCGCCUUGGUUAGUGCUGUCUAUGCCAAGACCUCCAAACCAUUUACAAAAGCCUCGUCAUUGUUUAGUAAAAGAGCAGUGGUAUGUCUGCGAGACGGAAAAUUGUGUUUCAUUUUCCGAAUACACGACUUUUCGAAGAAGAUAUGGUGCGGCACCAAUAUCUCACUCUAUUUUAUCGACAAGGAACAAACCGACUUGGACGGCGACUUCGAAAUGCAACAGAUGACGAUCGAACCGCACGGCCUACUUAUUUUUCCUUUGGAAAUAGAACAUGUCAUUGAGGAAAACAGCCCGCUUUGGAAAUUCAGGCCGUUUGAGUUCCUGCAUGGAAGGUCCGUAAGGAAACUUUUACUUAUUGUGAUGUUAUACAUGUAUAAUAUAGAUUACAUUCUGAUCACUCACUAA